AUGCCGCAUAAAUCAAAACAAGAAUGUAACAAUGAUCCUUACGUGAAUGAAAAAAAAACAAAAAAAAAAAAAAAAAAGAAGCAAAGUUAUUCUUUAAUAAAAGAAGUAAAUUAUUUGGAGGAAGACUACUUGACUUCAACCAACAAUAAAACAGAUUCACGAAAUAAAAAAAAAAUAUAUAUAGGAGAUGAAAAUAAACUGAAUGAUUUUCAAGAAGAUCAUUUAAAUAAUUUUAAUGAAAAAAGGGUAAAUUUUUCCAGUCAUUUGUCACCUUCAAAUGAUAAUAAAAUAUUUCAGAAACAGCAUAAAAAAGAAAAAAGAAAAAUAAACAAUAAUGAUAUAAAUGAAUCUAUAGAAUUAAAUGAAAUAAUUUGCCCUAAUGGCAAUCUUGAUAGAAUAAGUAAUAAUUUGUAUUCUCAUGAAAAAAAUAAAAAUGAAAUUAAUAGUGGUUAUAGUAUUGAAAAUCAAAAUACAUUAAAUAACAAUUUAGAUGAAAAUGUUAACGAUAAUCCGGUAGAGGAUGAACAAAUUUGUGAAGACUCAACUCAGAAUAAUGUUAAUAUAAGUAAUGAAUCAAAUAUUUUUAAGAAAAUUUUUAAUAAAAUAAAAAGAACUGUUAUUGAAAGAAAAGGAAAUCCCAUAACUAAUGAAAAUAUUGCAGAGAAUGAAGUGUCCGAAUUAAAUAUUAUAAAUGAUAAUAGAAAUGAACAGAAUAAUAAUUAUAAUGAGGAAAAUAGCAUGGGUGAAGAUAAUUAUAUGGUAAAUGGGAAUGUUGAUGAUUAUAAUAUAAGAGAGAAUAUAAAUGAACAAAAUGAAAGAACAAAUGAAAUAAUUAGCCUAAAUGAACUAAAUCCUAAUGAUGUCUUAGAUAAUAUGGUAUUAGAAAAUCAAGAAAACGAAACAAGAAAUAGAAUUUUAAAUUAUAAUGAUCGUAACAAUGAUAUAAAUAAUAAUACUGAUAAUAAUAGUAAUAAUUUUACUUAUAGAAAUAUUUCUAAUAAUAUCAUUUCUUAUUGCAAAAAUUAUAUGACUGAUAUAAAAGAAAAAAUUAAAAAAUAUUGGUUAGAACGAGUUCAAGAAGCAAACACGCAACUUAAUACACCUCAUCAAAGUUCAAAUAGACCAAACUUAAAUUCACGUGAAGAUGAAAAUGAUGAUCCAAGCUGUCUUCAAAUUCUUUUUUUUUUAGGAUUGAUUUGUAAGUUCCCAAUUUUGUGGAUAAUAGGAUCUAUUAUUUUUUGUGUAACACCUAAUGAACAUAAAAGAACCAAAAAGUGGAGUUUAAUAAAUUCUGUUUUUGCUUUUAUAAGUAUUAUUUAUUUUAUAUUAACUUCUAAAUUUAAAGGAUCAAAACCAGUUUUUUUUGUUGUUAUGAAUAAUAAUAUGGAAGAUAAAAAUAUUUUUAAUAAGGGUAUUAUUAAAUAUAAUAAUACUAUUAAUAAGAAUAGUAUAAUUUUGGAUGAAUUUUCUCCACAUUUUUGGUUAAGUAUAAAUUCAAAAAAAGUUUAUAAAACUAGCCAAACUUCUUUUUUAAAUUGGAACUUUAUAUCAUCUCAAAAGCCAAAUUCAAACAUAUUACUAAGUGGUAAUGUACAUAAAUUAUUAAACCGUGUGCAAGUUACUUUUGUAUUUGGAAAAGGAAAUAAAUGUCCAACUGGAGAAAUUGAAAAAAUAAAAUAUUUCUUAAAAGAUUUAAAAAAAAAUAUGGACCCAAUACCAUAUGAAAAAAUUAGAAUGACUGAUCAAGAUAUUCCUGAUAAUUUUUUUGGAGGUGGUCUGAGAUGUGAAAAAGUAGACAAACAUUUAAAUGAAAAAAAAGAUGAAAAAGAAAAAGAGAAAGAGAAAUGGUACUUAUUUUGGAAAGAAGAUGAUGAUAUAAAUAACGCAUUGAGUGAUUUUACUUUUAAUUCUUUCAUUCCCGUUGGAGAAGUUUUUUUUUUUAAAAAUGAAUACAAUUGUAGAAUAGCAUUUAUUUACCCAAAAAAUUUAAAUUUUGACCAGGUAGAUAUUCCACAUAAUUUUGUUGAAAUCAAAAGAAUUAUAAUAAAGUCUUUUUGA